GCAGCGAAACAGCAAGAAAUACACAACCCUCCACCCACAGCGAUCACCGAUCCCACCAUGGCAUCGCACCAGCAGCCCAAGCAAUCUCAGUCGGUGGGGUUCGAGGACUACCUGCCGGUGAUGGCGGAGCGUCUGGGCGAGGAAGGCCUGAUGCAGGAGCUGGCCUCCGGGUUCCGGUUGCUGCAGGACCCCGCCUCGGGCCUCAUCACCUUCGCCAGCCUCCGCCGCAACGCGCCGCUGCUGGGGCUGGGCGGCAUGUCCGACGACGACCUCCGCGGGAUGCUUGCCGAGGGCGACUUCGACGGCGACGGCGCCCUGAGCGAGAUGGAGUUCUGCGUCCUCAUGGUCAGGCUCAGCCCCGAGCUCAUGGACGAGCCCAGGCGGUGGCUCGACGACGCCGUCGCGCAGGCGUCCCAGUUCAAGUUCACCAGCUAGAUUUCAGUAGUAGGGGUUGCUCUCCUUUUUUUUUUACGAUUUUUCUGUCCGAUGUUCAUAGAGUCAGGAUUAUAUCAAGAAGGUUUGCAGGCACUGUCGAUUGGUUGAUGGAUUCCCACGUGAAUAAAUCGACAGAAGCUUCUGCGUUUUCACCACCA